GCUCCCAUUGUCACCGCCUCAUACGCCGGAAGUGGAACUGCGCGCGCCCCGGAGGUUGUCGGGAGGGGCCAGCGAAGAAAACUAGCGGCGGGCAAUCCGAAAGGAGUCUCGACGCUACGGUAUGUGAGGAACUUUGAUCCUUGCCGGCCACCAUUCCGGAAGUGGAAUUUAGAGGAAGAAAAUACCAGAGCUGCUGGGGAUAGGCGGUAUCCAACUGUUGAAAAACGAGCCAGAGUCUUCAAUGGAGCAAGUUAUGUGCCUAUUCCCGAAGAUGGUCCCUUUCUUAAAGCACUGCUCUUUGAACUUAGAUUAUUGGAUGAUGAUAAAGACUUUGUUGAGAGUCGUGAUAGCUGUUCACGCAUCAAUAAAACAUCCAUUUAUGGGCUCUUGAUAGGAGGUGAAGAACUCUGGCCAGUUGUUGCUUUUCUGAAGAAUGACAUUAUAUAUGCUUGUGUUCCACUAGUUGAACAAACUCUGUCCCCUCGUCCGCCAUUAAUUAGUGUUAGUGGAGUUUCACAAGGCUUUGAAUUUCUUUUUGGGAUACAGGAUUUUCUUUAUUCGGGUCAAAAAAAUGACUCUGAGCUAAAUACAAAAUUGAGCCAGUUGCCUGACUUGCUUCUGCAGGCUUGUCCAUUUGGCACUUUAUUAGAUGCCAACUUACAGAAUUCAUUAGAUAAUACCAAUUUUGCAUCUGUGACUCAGCCACAAAAACAGCCAGCUUGGAAAACUGGAACAUACAAAGGAAAACCACAAGUUUCUAUUUCUAUCACUGAAAAGGUAAAAUCCAUGCAGUAUGAUAAACAGGGUGUAGCGGAUACAUGGCAAGUUGUUGGAACAGUGACUUGCAAGUGUGAUUUGGAAGGAAUCAUGCCAAAUGUUACCAUCAGCUUGAAUCUCCCUACCAAUGGAUCUCCACUUCAAGAUAUUCUAGUUCAUCCUUGUGUAACUUCUCUUGACUCUGCAAUUCUGACUUCUAGUAGUAUUGAUGCAAUGGAUGACUCUGCAUUUAGUGGGCCUUACAAAUUUCCAUUCACUCCACCUUUAGAGUCAUUCAACUUAUGCUACUACACUUCCCAGGUCCCUGUCCCACCAAUUUUGGGAUUUUAUCAAAUGAAGGAGGAAGAAGUACAACUAAGAAUAACCAUUAAUUUAAAACUUCACGAAAGUGUAAAAAAUAAUUUUGAAUUCUGUGAAGCUCAUAUACCUUUUUACAAUAGAGGUCCAAUUACACAUUUGGAAUACAAAACUAGUUUUGGCCAGCUCGAAGUAUUUCGAGAGAAAAGCUUAUUAAUCUGGAUUAUUGGCCAGAAGUUCCCAAAAUCAAUGGAAAUUAGUCUUUCUGGAACUGUAACUUUUGGAGCCAAGAGCCAUGAGAAGCAGCCAUUUGACCCAAUUUGUAUUGGAGAAACAGCAUAUUUAAAGCUUCAUUUUAGGAUCUUAGAUUACACGCUUACUGGGUGUUACGCAGAUCAGCAUUCAGUUCAAGUUUUUGCAUCAGGAAAACCAAAAAUAAGUGCAUACCGGAAACUAAUUUCUUCUGAUUAUUACAUCUGGAAUUCUAAAGCCCCUGCUCCAGUAACAUAUGGAUCAUUAUUACUGUAAUAGUCUCAUGUUUAAAUGGGAUUAUAUAAUGAUAACAGUUUGAAGGAAAUCAUAAUCUUAUGUUUUUAAUGUGGAUGCAUAUAACCUGUGAGUGAAAAAUCACUGAAUGAUUUAAUUAUAAAAGUAGUCUUAUUUAGUGUUUGUAGUCUGAUAGAACUUGAAAGGAUGUUUUAAAAGCUAAUGUCUCCAAUUUUGUUAACCUUUGAUUUUAUGCCAGUAUAAUUCAGAACAUAGAAAAGUAAUGAUUCACUUGGGCUCAUUUUAGACUAGUCCUGGGUCACCCUGCCACACUUGUUUCUUAGUGUUUCUGUGGCAAACAUUGCUAAUCAAGUAUAGCCCUUUUCUGUACUGAGCGUUGGAUAAAGGGUCAGGCUCCUUUUCAAAAGUUCAGAGAUUCAGGGUUGUAGAUGAUGUGCAAUAUAAAAACUAUUUUCUCUUCCAAAUCUAAGUACUAAGCUCCUAGUAUAAGGUGUUGUUGCAGAAUACCAGAGGUCAUGUUAGAAACAACUACAUCUCUUCAAAAAACAGCCAACAGAGACAAAGGAAAAGUGUUUAAGUAGUAACCUGUUCUUCUUAAUCAGAACUAUCCUAUUGACUAAUAAAGAAUCUGCAUAAUUCUACUUUUCUACUUAAGGUGUGUAAUCUCUGUUCUAGAGUUAGUUUUUAAGUAAGCUUGUUAAUCUGCCACAAUGACAUUUUGCUUAGGAUGUCAGUAGCCAUAUUAAGGUGUGUGGAAUAGCUUCAGAAGAUGAUCAUAGUGUUUUGUAAUCGUUUAAUGUCUGCAGCUAAAUUUUUAAAGGUAAUUUAGAUCUAAUACUGCUCUUUCUGUGUCUUAUUAUGUUAAAAUUAAUGAAUGAAUUCUGGUAAAAAUUCAAAAGGCACUCUGUGGGUAGAGAGUAUCAUUUAAGCUUAUUUUAGUCACAUGUAGUAUAUAUCUCCUUAAAGCUGUCACUCUCACUUUCUUACCAUUCUCUUGAUUUCUUCAGAAACCAUCUAAUCAUCAUCUUUAUUCUCUACUUACUUCUGCAAUUAUAUGUCAUAAUUAUGUUUUCAGAGCAGUUCAUUGUCAAGUUGGACUUUAAGUGACCAUUCAAGAAAAGAUGAAAUCUCACGAACCUCAAAACUUCAUUCAUGUUUUUUUACAGAUUAGAAAAAAAUACGCAUUAAAGAUUAAUGCUCAAUUUGAUAAUAUCUUGGGUUCUGUUUUUUAAUGAGUCUUCUAAGGAAAAGCUUAGAAAAUCUGCUAACUCCUCAAAAAAGAGCAUGAUAGUUUAAAGGGAUAGUGCAUAUAAAUUUAGGAUUUGAAAUAUGAUUUUUAAAUUAAGGUCAGUCCUACUCAUAAACUCAUUUUCUGCAAAGCAUUAUCAUGGCAUAAGGUUCUAUGUUCAAAAUUAUCCCUGCCUGACCAGGACUUUAACUUGUUAUUCUAGCUUAAUCAUAGAUAAUCAGCAGUGAAAACUUUCCUUUAGAAAGAAGAAAAUAUCAUUCCCUGUAAGUUAUUUGAUCUCUUUUAAACUCAAAUAAAGCUUAACAUUUCACUUAUGUUGAUAAGUUAAUGGUAAUGGAGCCAUUUGGAAUCUUGAUUGUAUAAAUGUUUACCAAAUACACUAAGGUAAGCAAGAGGCAUUUAUCUAGUGAGUAGGCAAAGAUUUAAUAUAAUAAUCCCCUAGGCAAAAGUUUAUAAGCAGUUAGAAAAAUCAGUGAAUCUUCUGUUUGACAUUUCUAGAAACCGGAGGAAAAUCUAGGGUGUCCUGGAAAAGUGAUGAGGUGUUGGGGAACCUGAUGCCAUCUGUUGCCAUUCCAUUCUAACAUAGUGCUACAGAACUGAACCAACUUAGGUUUUCAUCCCAUUGAGAUCAGCUGGGCACACUGUGAUGCUUUUGAUUUUGUCUAGAAACCUGUCACUUCAGGAUAAUUUCUGAAGACAAAGUCUGUUUCCCGUUUGGUAGGUGACCUGUUUAAUGUUUUCCCUGUGUCUGGGAACUCCUUAGUGUAAUUAGCGACCUUUGAACUCCACAACUAAUCCUGAGCUAUUUUGUAUUCCUUACUCAUCUUUAAGGCUGGACCUUUCUUUUCUUCAGAGUCCGCUGCCACAAUUAAAGAAGAAACAGCUGCAUUUCAAAGGGAUUCCGAUUCCAGAAGCUUAAUCGUGAUUGACAUGUUCUUAUUCUAAGCUAUAAGACACUCUAAGAGUCCUUUCUUGGGUUAAAACUUCAAUCAUUUUCUAAAAAAUUAUCUCACUAUGGAUUUUAUUCAUUUUCUUUGAUAACUAUUCUUUGCCUUUUUAACUUGAAAGAUGCUUUGCGUUUGCAGUGAAUAUGAGCAACUACUUCCAGUGAAAGAUUUGGAUAGUGUCAGACUUUCUCUAGAUGCAAAAUUGCUAAAUUCCCUUUUACUGCCAAAAUAUGAUUAUGAAAUCUGAUGUCUAUCACAUAGGUAGUUAUUCUUCAAUAAAUUCAAAAGGUUAAAAAAAAAAGUGUUAAAUUUUUUAGAAUGAACUCCAGAAAAGAUGGUUCAUGAUUUUGUAAACUCUUAUUUUCUCUGUUUUUUACUAAACAAUAUUUUAAAAACUUUUUAAAGCCAGCAAUAUAGUACUCAGGCAAUACACCCUUACGGUAGUGGCAUUUUUUUUUUUUUUUUUUUUUUUUUUUUUACUUUUUAAGUAAUUGAUUCAAAUGUCAAGUUUGAAGUAGUCUUGUCAGGAAUUCCGAUGACAAUUUGUUUAAAAAAAUUUUGUAUUAAACAUUAGUCUGUCCCAUAAAAUAGUUUCAUUUUUUCACACCAAUUCAGUAUUUCUAUUGGAUUAAAAUUACGGUGUUUUUAUACAUUGUAUGAUUUAAGAUCUUUCAAGGCAGACAUUUAUACUUAGUAACAAUUGCCAAUUUUUUUUCCGUUUUUUGUUAUAGUAUUUCAAAAUACUUCAUAGACAUUGAUAGACUCCUACACUACCCCUGGGAGCUAGGUAGGUGGAAUUAUCAUCCAGGACUUCUGUAGGGACUGCUGCCACAACAGAAUGGUUGUUCCUAAGACAAAGGUCAAAAAAAGGGGUGUUAAUAAACAGUCCUCAGGUUUAAGGGACUUUUUUAGGAUUACAUCUUAAAUUCCAACAAAUCAGAUUUAGGAGUUACUGAAAGUGAAAUUGAUCCAUCCCUCAUCCAAACUUUGCAAUACUUUCCUGUUCUGACAUCAUUUAGAUAGUUAGCUGUAUUAUCAGAUUAGAAACCAUUGUACCAGGCUGCUGAAAGGAAAAGGAGGCAAAAAGCUAAACAUGGGAUGAAUUCUGAACCUUUUAACCUGGCUGAAGUACGUUGGUCCCUGUUAUGCAAAUACCUUCAAUCCUCUGCUAAGUUCAGUGGAAAUAAUUUUCUUGAAUGACAGGUUUAUUCAGCAAGGAUUCAGUUGGUGAUUAAUCCCCCUUUGAUCUAGGGUAUUUCACUUAACUACCAGUUACCUCGUUCUGACAAAGUGCAACUGAGAUUAGGGAGAUCACUAGAACACUACCAGGGUGUGCGUUUAUUCUCUAUAACCUUUUAAAGCAAGGGCCAAGAAUGCAAUUUAUUUUCAGUAUUUGAAGAUGUAAAGUCCUGUCUGCUAAGUUAGAAAGUCAAUUGAAUACCAAAUGAAGUUUAUUUCUUACGUAAUAGAACAAACAUUUCUUUUUGCUUUGCCUAACAAUGAUAUUAGGAAACAUAGGCUUUGAAGAAAGAAGAAACAAAGACUACAUUCUAAGUAUUGCUUCUAGUUUUGUUUCAUGCACUAGAGUAUACUUACUGGCCCUGAGAUAACCCAAAAAUCAAAGCAGUGGCUACAACUUAGGCUGAGAAAAUGCUUCUGUUUCAUUAAGCUGCAUGGUUUCUUCUCACCUUUCCCCCUACCACCACCACCACCAUUAGAAAAUGUCAUACUGUGUGGUAAAGAAAUCCAGUUGAGGAAAAUGUGUUGUAGUACACGGUUAUCCACCUUAAGACUAAUGAUUUUGAAGCUUUGUUAAUUAUUUCUUUUCUUGAGGCAAAGGAGCUUCUUAUGUUUCCAUUAUAAGAAUAAUUGCAUUCAUUUUCAGAACGCUUUUUUU